AUGCGGUCCGUUAGGAAGCGGUGGACCAUCUGCACGAUAAGUCUGCUCCUGAUCUUCUACAAGACAAAAGAAAUAGCCCGCACCGAGGAGCACCAGGAGACGCAACUCAUCGGAGAUGGUGAGCUGUAUUUGAGUCGAUCCCUUGUCAAUAGUUCUGAUAAAAUCAUUCGAAAGGCUGGCUCUUCAAUCUUCCAACACUCUGUAGAAGGUUGGAAAAUCAAUUCUUCUUUGGUCCUGGAGAUAAGGAAGAACAUUCUUCGUUUCCUAGAUGCAGAACGAGAUGUCUCUGUGGUCAAGAGCAGUUUUAAGCCUGGUGAUGUCAUCCACUAUGUGCUUGACAGGCGCCGGACACUAAAUAUUUCUCAGGAUCUGCAUAGCUUGCUCCCUGAAGUGUCACCGAUGAAGAACCGCAGGUUUAAGACCUGUGCUGUUGUGGGAAACUCGGGCAUUCUGCUGGAUAGUCAAUGUGGAAAGGAGAUUGACAGUCACAAUUUUGUAAUAAGGUGUAAUCUAGCCCCUGUGGUGGAGUUUGCUGCAGAUGUGGGAACUAAAUCAGAUUUUAUUACCAUGAAUCCAUCAGUUGUGCAAAGAGCAUUUGGAGGCUUUCGGAAUGAGAGUGACAGAGAAAAAUUUGUGCACAGACUUUCCAUGCUGAAUGACAGUGUCCUUUGGAUCCCUGCUUUCAUGGUCAAAGGAGGAGAGAAGCACGUGGAGUGGGUUAAUGCAUUAAUCCUUAAGAAUAAACUAAGAGUGCGAACUGCCUAUCCAUCAUUGAGACUUAUUCAUGCUGUCAGAGGUUACUGGCUGACAAACAAAGUUCCUAUCAAAAGACCCAGUACAGGUCUCCUCAUGUACACACUUGCCACAAGAUUCUGUGAUGAAAUUCACCUGUAUGGAUUCUGGCCUUUCCCUAAGGAUUUGAAUGGAAAAGCUGUCAAAUAUCAUUACUAUGAUGACUUAAAAUAUAGGUACUUUUCUAAUGCAAGUCCUCACAGAAUGCCAUUAGAAUUCAAAACAUUAAAUGUGCUACACAAUCGAGGCGCUCUGAAACUGACCACAGGAAAGUGUGUAAAGCAAUAA